AUGAAGCGACUGAAUCCGAGUCACAAUGGUCGCAUAUUUAACCCUCCAUCCCCGACGAACGCACAAGUCCGUUGGAUUCUCAAAACAACAACAACAACACUUUAAUAAAUCUAAAAUGCUGUAAACCAAUGCUUUAGAGAAGUGACAUUGGGACAGAUAGUAGAGGAGGCGUGGUCGCUUAUGAAUAUUAGCCAGAGAGGCGUGGCUUGGCUUUACCUGAGACUGCUCUGAGGAGCGUGCAGCAUGCAGCGCAGUACACAAUCAGAUCUCUGAAGCAGAGACAUCAUUAGCGGCACAACAGGGGAUCAUAUGGAAACACAGGGUGACUGAUGCUCACUUUUUUCUGAAACAGCCAGUGUACAGUGAAUGGGUGCCGUCAGAAUGAGAGUUCAAACAGCUGAUAAAAACAGAGGGUGUCCCUUCAAUAUGAGCCAUUUAUUGUCAUCUUAUAUGCAUCAUGUGCUUGGAAAGUGAAGAAAAUGGGUUUGUUGCUUUGAGGAAACCUCAUGGAAAUGUUGCAGUUGGUGCAUUUUUAUCCAAAUUUUGGGAAACCUUUGACAGAGCAAGGAUGAGUUAGCAGCCCAUGACUGCACUGCUGGAAGUGGGAGCUUGUUCUAGUGAAUCAGCAUCCAUUACACAACAACAUCAUCUUCAGCAAAGUACUGCUGGAGGAACCUGCCUGGAUCUUAGCAGAACCUCAGUAUAUCCUGUUGAUCAUGCGGCAGACCAAACAGCCCAACUUCAUGCUGAUGGUGUUUGGAUACCUAAUACCUAUAAUUUGGGGUUUUCCAUUUGGACCAGUUCUUGAUAUGGAUGUCACCCCCAGGACAACUGUAAAUGUCAGUGGGCUGCUGGGUUGUAAUCGUUUCCAUGGAGCUGCAGUGAACUAUAGCUCUCUGUUACUGGAGGAUGGACCAGGGUUGUUGUAUGUUGGGGCCAGAGAAGCCAUUUACAAACUGGACACCACUAACAUCUCUGACACAGAUAUCUCUCUAUCUCUGGAAUGGGCAGCGUCUGCUGAACAGAAGAGGCAGUGCCUGAGCAAAGGAAAGAACAAUCAGACUGAAUGCUACAAUCAUGUGCGGUUCCUGGACAGAUACAAUGACACUCACCUAUACACCUGCGGGACACAUGCCUUCAGACCACGCUGUGCUUACAUAGAUGUGGCACGCUUUACCUUUGUGCGUUUUGAGGAGGGAAAGGAGAAAUGUCCUUAUGACCCUACAAAGGGCUACACUGGAUUUAUAAUAGAUGGUGAGAUGUACUCUGCCUCCCAGUAUGAGUUUCGCAGCAUCCCUGAUAUACGACGUAACUUUCCCUUCCCCAACUUGCGGACAGAUGAUUCCCCAACACGAUGGCUUCUGGAGUCAGAUUUUGUUGGCUCAGCGUUACUCAGAGAGAGCAUCAACAGCUCCAUUGGGGAUGAUGACAAACUCUACUUCUUCUUCACGGAGAGGAACACAGAACCAACAGCUUACUCCAGUCAGACCAAAGUGGCCAGGGUGGCCCGUGUGUGUAAGGGUGACAUUGGAGGGCAGAGGACUCUUCAGAGGAAGUGGACAUCCUUUCUCAAGGCCAGAUUGGUGUGUGCCAUUCCUGAUUAUGAGCUUCAUUUCAACGUCCUACGCAGCGUUUUUGUCGUCGAGGGAAGCAACGGACAUGACAGUGCCUUUUAUGGUGUUUUUGGACUUGAGUGGAGAAAUGUUAAGAUGUCUGCAGUGUGUCAGUAUUCCCUCAGAGAUGUCCAGAUAGCUUUUGAUGGGCCUUACAUGGAGCUACAGGACACCAAAUGGAGGGAGUACACUGGGAAAGUUCCAGGACCGAGGCCUGGUUCGUGUAUAACUGAUCAGCAUCGUGCCCUGCUCAUAAAUUCCUCCCGGGAUCUCCCUGACAACGUACUGAAUUUCGCCCGGAGACAUGCUUUAAUGUCCAGACAGAUCCAGCCAGUGGGAGGACGUCCUGUGUUGCUCCAGAGGAGCGCAAACUACACCAAGAUCGCUGUAAAACAGGUUGUGGGUUUGGAUGGACGUGUCUAUGACAUGCUCUUCAUUGGAACAGAUGAGGGGUGGUUACACAGGGCAAUAAAGAUCAGAGACCGUGUUCACAUCAUUGAGGAGCUUCAGCUGUUUAAGAAGAAACAACCAAUCAAUAACAUGGUGAUAUCACAUAAACAGAACAGUAUAUAUGUGAGCGCUGCCACCGGAGUGGUGCAAGUACCCCUGUCAUCCUGUGAGCGCUACACCUCCUGUUAUGACUGUGUGUUUGCACGAGAUCCGCUCUGCGGCUGGGAUGGUAGAGUGUGUGCUGAAAUAGCAGCUUAUGCUAACAGAUACAGUCUCGUCCAGGACGUCCAGAUGGGAAGCAGAGGCUGUACUAAUAUUACAAGCGAUGGUUUUGUCAUGCACCGGACACGUGCAGUGAUGGCAGGAGAUGAUGUUCUGUUACAGUGUGAAAUUCGUUCUAACCUGGCCACCCCUCACUGGACGCUGAACGGUCAGAAGCUGCUAGGUUAUGGUGUAGACUUCGGCUACCGCACCGGCAAUGAUGGCCUCCUUAUCAUUGGAACUCAGAAUCAGCAAAGUGGACACUACCGCUGUUACGCAGUAGAGAACGGUGUCUGGGUUCCCGUUCGCAGUUACUUGGUACAGGUCCAACCCGUUCCACCUCCUGCAUCACAUCCUUCAGGGAGCCCAACGGCUUUACCCGAAAGUUUAUUCACCACCGCAACUGCGCCAACUCUGAGUCCUUCCAGCGGCCCUGUCGAGCAGCUUCUGUCGCCCCCACCGGGGCUGUUGCCUUCUGGACCGGAGCUCCAGAACUACAGACACAUGGAGGCUAUGUAUAUCUCUCUGGUGGCUGUUCUCGGUGGGCUUUGUCUGGUUCUAACGGUGGUCCUCCUGUACGUUAGCUUCUGUGCACGCAGCUCUCCCAAUGCCAGAAAGUACUCCCAGCAAGCUCUGUCUGUAAACACAGCAGCCGAAAGAAAGAGGAGCUCUCACUUUGAGCUUAAAACCAUCUCCAGCCACUGCAAUGGCAGAACGGAGGGGUGUAGCAGAGCGAUGUCAAGAGACGGAGAGUUUCUACAGAUCGUUCCAGUGGACAUCCAGACCACGCCUAGCAAGGAACCUCCGCCCGCGCCGCCACUUCCUAUGCCGCCGCCCCUGCCCGCAUCGGAGUAUACCAAUGGUCUGUCAGCCACGUUGCCCAGUGUGCUAAGAAAGAUGAACGGGAAUAGCUACGUGCUCCUGAGGCAGACGGACACGGAAAUGACGUCUCCGCUUUACCACUCCUUCACCGAGGAGCUCAACAAGAUUCUAGAAAAGAGGAAACACACACAGCUGGACAUCCAGCCAGAUGAGAGCUCAGUGUAGCAUGAUCUCGCACCACUACUAUAUCGCCCCCUUGUGGUGUGGAGGCUUACAUUUUGUAUAAGAGCCAAGAGAAACAUGUUUUGAAGUUCUUCAUGGUUUCUCGAUAUACAACUUCAGCCUUUGAGAAUCUCGUGAAAAUUUUUCUGAGUUUGGUCAAAUUUACUUUGAAUUUCAUAGACAUCAAAUGUAGCUAAAGACACUUAGAUUGUGGACCUUGAAGUGUAAAAAUCACAAGAUGAUCUUCAAUCAAGUACACGCAAGACAUAAGAGAAGUAAGGAGGAGGAGAAGUAAGAGACUUAAGAACACUGUCCAAAGACUUUCUCAGCAAAGAAAUGCACAUUUGUACAUAGUCAAUGUGGUGUUAUUGCUCAAAUGCAGACGUUUACAGAUUUUUUGUUUUUGCUUAAUUGCACCUGAUUUAAAAAACAAUCAUUUUAUUAUCAAAGUACUAAUAAUCAGAGCAUUUUCAAAACUUCCUUGCUAGUUCAUUAAUAAUUCAAAAAGAGUUUGGGUUUCGAGCCUAUUGGCAACAUUUCAUGAAUGUGAGGGCACAGGUUUUUGGGCUUUGGACUUUUUACACAGUUUCACACUAGAUUGGAGUCAGAUUGCAGGAGCAGUGAGUGUAAGCACGUGCAUCAGUGACAUCUAUACAGAUACAGAGGUGGUCAUUUUCAGAGCCACUCAGCUGUAGAAUUCAACGCCUCCUUCAGGGAUGAGUUGUGUUUCUCUUUGGCAGUGUGUCAGGAGUGAAUAGAUCUCAAAUUGGAAGAAACACUCUCUCUGAUGCAUGAUUACCCUGUCGAAUGAGAUGCUCACAAACGGAAGUAAAAGCCCAAAUGCCAGGACGUUUGAAGUUUGAUGAGUUUGCAUUUAGUUUAUUUUUUGCAUUUUGAAUGCAUGACAGUGCACCUGGUUAAUUGACUUUUAAACCUCAGACAUAAAUGUAUUUCUAUUAGUGCUGUCAGUUUAUUAUUGUAAUUUACUAAAAUGAAUUUGUUAAACUCUGAUGCACUAGAGUUCAAAUGUUUGGGGUUAAUGGGUUAAGUUUCUUCUUAUGCUCACCAAGGCUGCAUUUAUUUGAUGUAAAUACAAAAACAGCAAUAUUGUGAAAUACUAUAACCAUUUUUUUUAAAUGUAAUU